AUGGUUUCUAUAUCAGGGAUGGGUGGUAUUGGUAAAACCACUUUGGCUAGACAAGUUUUCCAUCAUGACAUUAUCAGACGUCAUUUUGAUGGAUUUGCAUGGGUAAGUGUUUCACAAGAAUUUACGCGAAAGGAUGUUUGGCAAAGGAUCUUGCAAGAUCUUAGACCAAAUGAUGGAGGAAUAAAACAAAUGGAUGAGCAUACACUCCAGCGUGAGCUCUUUCAAAUGUUGGAAACAUGUAGAUAUUUGAUUGUCCUUGAUGAUGUAUGGAAAAAAGAAGAUUGGGACGUAAUAAAAGCGGUGUUUCCCCAAAGAAGAGGUUCGAAGAUGAUAAUAACUUCUCGCAAUGAAGGUGUUGGUUCACAUGCAGAUCCAACAUGUUUUGCCUUUAGACCAAGAAUCCUUACUCCCGAAGAAAGCUGGAAGCUAUGUGAGAGCAUAGUAUUCCGUAAUAGACACGAAACAGAGUUUAGGGUUGAUGAAGAACUAGAAGGCAUGGGUAAGAAAAUGGUCACAUACUGUGGAGGACUCCCAUUAGCCGUUAGAGUGUUGGGAGGCUUGUUAGCUAAUAAAUAUACAGUUUCAGAGUGGCAAAGAGUAUAUGAGAAUAUUCAAACUCAGAUGUAG